AGGUUGACUCGUAAUUCAACCACAACGUUACAAUGUCAGGAGGUUUAGAUGUAUUAGCUCUUAAAGAAGAUGAUGUUACAAAAAUGUUGGCUGCUGGUACCCAUUUGGGUGCUGAAAAUGUCAAUUUCCAGAUGGAACAAUAUGUGUAUAAAAAAAGAGUUGAUGGUGCUGGUGUAAAUGUUAUCAAUCUUCGCCACACCUGGGAAAAGUUGUUGCUUGCCGCUCGUGCUAUUGUCGCCAUUGAACAUCCCAGUGAAGUUUUUGUUAUUAGUUGCCGUCAUUCAGGUCAAAGAGCUGUAUUAAAAUUUGCAGCUCAUACUGGUGCCACUCCCAUCGCUGGACGCUUUACUCCUGGUGCAUUUACCAAUCAAAUUCAGGCUGCUUUUCGUGAGCCACGUUUGCUGAUCGUUACGGAUCCAUCUACUGAUCAUCAACCUAUUACCGAGGCGAGUUAUGUAAAUAUUCCGGUUAUCGCUUUCUGCAAUACCGAUUCACCAUUGCGUUUCGUGGACAUUGCAAUUCCUUGUAAUACCAAGAGCUUACAUACUGUUGGCUUAAUGUGGUGGUUGCUUGCCAGAGAAGUACUGCGCUUGAGAGGAUCUAUUCCACGUGAAACCAAGUGGGAUGUGGUGGUUGAUCUUUUCUUUUACAGAGACCCUGAAGAGGCAGAAAAAGAGGAACAAGCUGCAAAGGAGAUCGCACCGGUAAAAGAAUUCUCUGGUCCGGUAGAGACCGCUCCUGCUCCGGAACCUGGUUGGGUAAAUGAAGUUGAGUCAACUGCUGUAGCAACCGAAAAUUGGGCCGAUGACGUAGCACCACCAGCGGCUGCUGCUCUUCCUGCAACAGGCACCGCGCAGUCAUUUCAAAGCAGUGGCGAUUGGGCUGCUCAGGUGAGACAUUCACUAAGUUUCUAAUUAAGGCUCCUGAGUAGUCGCCGCGGUCAUAUUGGAAUCGUGACGUCAUAAGCGAGAAACGACACUUAAAAGUUUGUUUACGCUUUUCCUGCAAAUAAAGAGAUGUUGCAAUAAAA